AUGCAACACCGAUGUUUUUAGGAACAUAUUGUUAAGUUUGUUAAUGGUGUAAAUAAUUGGUGAAAUACGCACGUGCGUUGAGAAAACAUCUUGAAUAAAAUGAAAAUUAAAAGAAUCAGAAAGCUAAAGCGUAAGAAGAAGUACAAUCAGAAUGUGAAUCGAAAGAGGCUGCGAAAUAAAUUAAGGAAACAGCCGAAUAUUCCAUGUGAGCAAAUAAAAAAAGAAUGGCAGAACAAGAAUUCUAUUCGUGACAAUUUAAAAGAAAUGGGUUUGGCAUAUGAUACAAACGAGGCGGUGCAAAUUCCUAAUGUAAAACACGAGAUGUUGGAGGAUGCCAAGAGAAAAGUUAAAGGAAAUGAAGAUUUGUCAGAUCACGAAAACGAAGAAAUGAAUAUGACUGCAGCAAAAAGUUACGUGAUGGAGAAGUUGGAAGCUGAAGCAAAAGCUCCUAGAGAACGACUUCUUAAAUUGCCAAAAGGACAAGCACAAUUUCUCACUUAUUUAAUAAAGAAAUAUGAUGAAGAUUAUAAGGCGAUGUCGAAAGACAAGAAGAACCAUUAUCAAUUAACUUGGAAGCAAAUACGAGCCAAGAUAAAAAUGUUUAAGGGAAUUCCGGAACAAUAUAACAAAUUUGUUGAGAAUAGCAGUACGCAGGAAUCCUGACGUGUAUAAAUGUACAUUAGAAUUUUAUUGAGAUUGUAUUUUUACAUCGAGAUUAAUGUAUACAUAAAUCAGCGACUUAAAUACUAUUGUAAUUUGUUCUAAUUUGAUAAAAACAAAAAGAA